AUGGGCACAAUGAAACAAUACGCCGGGAAUAUGUCUAGUGAUCCUUGUGAUGCUGGUUCUCUAACUUCUAGUAGGUCAUCUAGCACAACAAAUGCCAAUUCUAUCCCCUCUUCACUAAUCCGAAAUGGUCAUCUCGAACGUUAUGCCGCGGAAGUGAUCAAAUCCACAAUGAAUGAUGACUUGCAACGUCUUGAAUUGUACCGGAUCUAUGUAUAG